GUGUGGGGGGCCAUCAUGCCGCAGAACGAGGAAGAUGAGAAGGGCUCAGGCUACAUCCCUACGAUCAAGGACAUCACGCUGUUCGGGAGGAGAGGAGCAGACAUUGCCUGCAAGGCUGUGAUCGAGAAGCUCAAGGCCUGCCGGGAGAGGAACCCGACCAACCCCUCUGCCUGUGCUGAGGAUGCGGACAAUGUGAUGGAGUGCCGAGGAAGCUUCUUGUGCCCGGCUGUGGCAGCCGCUUGGGUGAAGUGCAUGGAAGCCAAGGCCAAUGGUUUUGUGUCCGAGUGCGACAGACAACGGGAAGCUCUGAGCCACUGCAUGGACUGCAACUCGACAGAGUGAUACUCUAGCGACAACCCACCCGCUCGAGGUCUUGUGAUCGCAAUAAAUUUUUACUCAGAAA